UUUUCAUUCUUCUAGUUGAGUUCGAUACGAUUUGCGGUGUGUAUGUAACCUCCUUUGAAAGGUCGGUGUGUGAAGUGCGAUUACUAUUAAAUUAAUUUCGUUCGAAAAACUGUCUUAAGAAAUAAAUUGACAGUAAUUUCUUAACGACACGAAGCAGCUAAGAAAAGCCUAAAACUCUAUUAGCUGUACUUCAUUCGAGUUGGUUUAAAUCGGUGGUGAUCCAACAAUUUGUGUGUGUUUUAGUAAGCCGAGAUGUUGAGGACCAUUGCAGCACGCAAUGAGCUCGUGCUCCUGCGUGGAACAGCGCUAGCCCGAGCCAAACCUGCACGUGAAGCCGUACGCGUUAUGGGUGCACAAACGGCUAGGAAGUUGCAGACACUCAGGCUUGCAUCGAAGAGCCAUGUAGUGACCGUUCCAAAGCCAUUCGGCAUGUGGAGCACGAAUUUCGCACGUAACUACGCCGACUUACCAUCGCAUAUUAAAGUGCCGUUGCCAGCACUCUCGCCCACCAUGGAACAGGGUACCAUCAUUAGCUGGGAAAAAAAGGAGGGUGACAAACUGAAUGAAGGUGACUUGUUGGCCGAAAUCGAAACUGAUAAGGCAACGAUGGGUUUCGAAACACCGGAGGAGGGUUAUUUGGCAAAAAUUGUGGUGGCUGCCGGUACUAAGGAUGUGGCUAUUGGCAAAUUAGUUUGCAUUAUUGUAUCGAAUCAAGAAGAUGUGGCUGCAUUUAAGGACUUCGUUGACGAUGCUCCUGCAGCCAAACCAGCCGCAGCAGCACCACCUGCACCAGCAGCAGCAGCACCUGCUCCACCACCGCCACCACCACCGGCUGCUAUGCCAGCACCCGUCGCCGCCGCACCUGUCGGUGGUAAGCCCAUGACUGCCGUUGAGCAACGCGGUGAACGUGUUUAUGCCAGCCCCAUGGCCAAAAAGUUGGCCGAAGCACAAAGUCUCCGAUUGCAAGGUAAAGGCAGUGGCAUCUAUGGCUCAAUAAAAUCUACUGAUCUUGCAGGCAUGGCAGCAGCCGGACCCGCGGCACCGAGUGCUGUAGCUGCACCACAAGGUGGCUACAUCGAUAUACCCGUCUCGAAUGUACGCGGUGUGAUUGCGAAACGACUAAAGGAGUCGAAGCAGCAAAUACCACAUUAUUAUGUUACCAUGGAAUGUAAUAUGGACAAGUUGCUGAAACUCCGUGAAAAGGUGAAUAAGAAAUAUGAGAAGCUUGGCGUCCGUGUUUCGGUGAACGAUUUCAUUAUUAAAGCUACUGCCACGGCGUGCCGCAAGGUGCCCGAAUCCAAUUCUUACUGGAUGGAAAGCGUGAUAAGACAAUUCGACAACGUCGAUGUAUCGAUGGCCGUUUCAACUAGCACUGGUCUAAUUACGCCAAUUGUGUUUAGCGCCGAUCGUAAAGGCGUAAUCGACAUUUCAAAUGAGACAAAAUCGUUAGCUGCCAAGGCAAGAGAAAAUAAGUUGAAGCCUCAGGAAUUCCAAGGUGGUACUGUCUGUGUAUCCAACCUCGGCAUGAUGGGUGUUUCUCAAUUCUGUGCCGUCAUAAAUCCGCCACAAUCGUGCAUUUUGGCAAUUGGCGCCACUACAAAGAAGCUAGUUCUCGAUCCCGAUAGUCUUAAAGGUUUCCGCGAAGUCAGCGUUAUGAACGUCACUCUGAGUGCGGAUCAUAGAACUGUAGAUGGCGCUGUUGCCGCCAAAUGGCUGCAAUACUUCCGUGACUUCAUUGAGGAUCCACAAACAAUGAUUCUUUAAGCUUAGCACCAUGAAACACCUUCAUAUACACUCACAUUCAGUUAAGCGUAAUUCAUAGCUAUGAUGAAUGAAGCAGAUAAAAGUAAGCGCAGGCGCCAACACCAUCACAACUCGAACUACAUUGUGCCUGCACUGUAUGUCGUCUUAGACAACUUAACACCACAAAUCCUGGGUGUGCAUAAAACUUUAUGUGGAGUUCUUUUUGUUUAAUUUUAAAAUUAUUACUUAAUUGGUUUUGAAUCAGCUGAUAUGUGAUUGAUUGAUUAAAUCUAGUUUUUUUUCGUUUUGCUAAUUAAAUUAGAAAGACAAAAAUGUAAAAAAUAGUCAAAAAUAUUCAAUAAUUAGUUUAUGAGACAAAGUAACCCACACAUAAAUGAAUGAUAUUCGAACUAGAGCAACUGCCGAUAAAAAGAAGUACCACAAAAAAUAUUGAAAGAUUGCCGCUGUGCUAUUCUCAUACUACCAUUUAUAGAAAAAGUCUGUUGAAUAUCAAAAUGCCACGAUAAAUCAUUUGCACUGAUAACUCGGCAAUAGUGUACAAAUAUGUGCAUACAAAUGUAUAUACAAAUACCCAAGUAUGUACAUACGUAAAAAACAAUCUCCACGUUCGCAAAAAACCUCCCAAUGAAUUAGAAAGGUGAAUUAUUAUUUCGACUCAUUUUAUAAUAUAUGAAAUAUUAUUAUAGUUUGACUCACUUCGAAUCAUUUAUUGUAUGUAUAGCGUAAAAAUAAUAGCUUCACAUUUUCGUGGUUCUAUGCGUAUGUGGAAAACUAGCAUUGUUGUAAUUUAAACUAAUCCAUACAAAUGUAGAGGAAUGAAUAAAAGUGAGGGGAAUUAGACAAAUGGAA